CUUUUCCCGACGAUCACCGUUGGCGUGUUUGGAUGAUCCAGUGUUCUGUAGGAGCGUUUAGAGUGGACUUUUCUCGUCCUUCUUCGACUCUUGGAUGUUUGUCAAAUGUCCGGGUUUCAGGCUCUUUCAGUUUUUCCUGAUGAGGUCCAUCAGCUGUCAGUGAAUAAAGAAGCGGCAUGCCCUGAGCAGCAGGAGAGGAGUGAGCAUCUGAAAAUUAAAGAUGAAUCUGAGAAACUGUGGAGCAAUCAAGAGAGAGAGCAAAUUCAGAGGCUUGAAGAUGACAUCAUCAGGUUCACUUUUGUUCCUGUCCCUGUGAAGGAAGAAGAUGAUGAAGAGGAACCUCAGUUUUCACAGCAUCCUCAAAAACAAACCAAAGAGUCAGCCAGGUACUUUGAUCCAGAGAGAGAUUUACAACAACAUUCUGAGGUCAAGACUGAAGACUCUUCUGAUCCAGAGACUGAUGACAGCGCUGAUUGGACAGAGAUGACAGAAGACCAGUCAGGUUUAAAUUCAGUCAGGGAAAGCACAAAAAGGAGAGCAAAGAUUCAAAAGAAAUUGUAUAUCUACUCAGAGUGUGGAAAUAGAUUUAAGGGUAAAAUGGGUAUGAUUAGAGGCAUGGUUGUUCAUACUAAAAACAAACCUUGGUGCUGCUCUGUGUGUGGUCAGAGAUUUACCCAAAAAGGAAGUAUGAUCGCUCACAUGAGAAUUCACACAGGAGAAAAACCAUUUGUUUGCUCUUUUUGCGGUCAGAGAUUUACCAGAAAAGGAGGUUUAACUGUUCACUUAAGAAUUCACACAAGGGAGAAACCAUUUGUCUGCUCUUAUUGUGGGCAGAGAUUUACUAAAAAAGGAACUCUAACUGAUCACAUGAGAAUUCACACAGGAGAGAAACCUUUUCGCUGCUCUAGUUGUAGUGAGAGAUUUACCCAAAAGGAAGGUUUAACUCGUCACAUGAGAAUUCACACUGGAGAGAAACCAUUUGUCUGCUCUGUGUGUUGUCAUAGCUUUACCCAAAAAGGAACUUUAACUGAUCACAUGAGAAUUCACACAGGAGAAAAACCAUUUGUCUGCUCUGUGUGUGGUCAGAGUUUUACUCAAAAAAGAGCUUUAACUGUUCACAUGAGAAGUCACACAGGAGAGAAACCAUUUGUCUGCUCUGUGUGUGGUCAGAGUUUUACUCAAAAUGGAAGUUUAACUGCUCACAUGAGAAUUCACACAGGAGAGAAACCAUUUGUGUGCUCUGUGUGUGGCAAAAGAUUCACCCGUCAAUUUCUUUUAACCAAACAUAAGGAAAAUCAUAACAGAGAAAACCCCUUCAGUCACCCUCAGUGUGGUGAGAAAUUUACAAAAAAAUGAAUUAUGACUAAAGAAGUCAAAAGUUCUCAAACCAUCACUACAACUCACCUUUGACCCCUAGAUUGUAAACUUUCAAGGUUUUCCAUUGAACUGUUAAUGCAUUCUCUCUCUGGACACACCAACAAGAACCAGAUGUUGCUCAGAAAUACCUGAGUACAUGUCCUGCUUGACUGGAAGAGUUUAGACUAAAGAUCUCAUCGCUGCUGUAAACAUAUUUUUUUCAUUAAGACAUUUUGGACAUAUUUGGAUGAGAUAUAGAAAAUGGAGCAUAACAGAUUUCUUUCUCUGAUAAUCCUUGUAAAAGCUAAGAUACAAAGUUUCAACUGUGAAUCAAAAUCUUCCGUGGAUGAACAGUGACGUCUACUGUUUGUUCUUGUCUUCACACCUUUUUACACUGGCAACUUCUUAAUGCCAUAAUGUCACAGUUCAAAAUACUUUCUAUGUUUUUAUCACCUUUUUAUCCCAGUUUAUUUGUAUAGCAUGCAUUUUGAUAAGAUAGUCAUAUGGUAUUGUACACCCGCUUAUGCUAUUCCUUUUAUCCUUAUAUAAUCAUUACUCAUUGUUAAUGUAGAGUUUUAGUAACCUGACAUGCCUGACAUGCAUGGGAAAGCUUCAAUAGGAAAUGUUUGAGAAAAGGCAGAGGCUUUGAAAAAACUCAGAGUGUAAUUGGAUGAAUGUUCUGUUUGUCACACUCUACGGGCCAAUCAGAGCAACAAAACACAUGACAUAGCCGCUAUCAAGGUGUGCUUGCGCAGCUAAGGAAUAAUGUGAAACAUGGCAGCUACAGACAUGUUAGUACUCGACUUUUGUUG